AUGAGGAAAGGAGAGACAACAGUACCUCUGCUGACCCCAUACAAGAUGGGAAACUUUAAUCUAUCUCAUAGGAUAGUGUUGGCACCGUUAACGCGAUCAAGGUCUUACAACUUUGUUCCUCAGCCUCAUGCUGUUCUGUAUUAUUCUCAAAGAACUACUAAGGCUGCCUUCUUGAUUGGAGAAGCUUCUGGUGUCUCUCCCACCGCACAAGGGUACCCAAAUACCCCUGGAAUAUGGACAAGGGAACAAGUGGACGCAUGGAAGCCAAUUGUGAAAGGAGUUCAUGAAAAAGGAGGCAUCUUUUUCUGUCAACUUUGGCAUGCCGGAAGAGUAUCCAAACAUGAGUUUCAGGCACAAGGUAAACCCCCAAUAUCAUGCACAGACAAGCGCCUUCGAAAAGAUAUUGCCAACAAUGCUGCUGCAGCUCAUGAAUACCCACCUCCUCGCAGGCUGAGCACCGAUGAAAUUCCAAUGAUUGUGAAUGAUUUUAAAAUUGCUGCAAUGAAUGCAAUGGAAGCAGGUUUUGAUGGAGUUGAGAUACACGGAGCUAAUGGAUACUUGUUGGAUCAAUUCCUAAAGGACAAAGUGAACGAUAGGGAUGACCAGUAUGGAGGUAGCUUAGAGAAUCGUUGUCGCUUCCCACUUGAAGUUGUGAAGGCAGUUGCAGAUGAGAUUGGAGCUGACAAGGUUGGUGUGAGGUUGUCCCCUUUCGCGGAUUAUAAUGAUUGCGAAGACAGUGACCCUCAAGGAUUAGGCAUUUACAUGGCUGAAUCAUUGAAUCAAUUGGGCAUUCUGUACUGUCAUAUGAUUGAGCCAAGGAUGGUGACACAAUUUAACAAAUCCAACACCACCAAAUGGUCAUUGAUGCCUAUUAGGAAGGCUUUCAAAGGGACAUUUAUUGUUGCUGGAGGUUAUGAUCGCAGUGAAGGGAACAGCGCCAUAGCAUCCGGUGCUGCUGAUUUGGUGGCUUAUGGAAGACUCUUUCUGGCAAAUCCAGAUCUCCCUAAAAGAUUUGAAUUGAAUGUCGAUGACUACAACCACCCUGAUCCAACCACAUUUUAUUCACAUCACCCUGUCAUUGGAUAUACUGAUUAUCCAUUUCUACAAAAUACUACUACCAACUAG